AUGGGUAACAUCUUCAGCGGAAUCUUUGGGAGGUUAUGGGGCAUAAAUAAGGAAAUCAGAAUACUGAUUCUGGGUCUGGACGGUGCAGGUAAGACGACAAUACUCUACAAGCUCCAAAUGGGAGAGGUUGUGAAGACAAAACCAACCAUUGGCUUCAACGUGGAAACUCUGACAUACAAAAAUAUUUCGAUAAACAUGUGGGAUUUGGGUGGACAGACCUCCAUCAGACCGUACUGGCGCUGCUACUAUGCUAACACCGCCGCGGUAAUUUUCGUCGUUGACUCCACAGAUAAAGAGAGAAUGGAUAUCGCCCAGAAGGAACUGCAUAUGAUGCUCAAGGAGGAGGAGCUACUGGAUAGUGCACUUCUGGUGUUUGCUAACAAGCAGGACCAGAUGGGUGCUCUGAGCGCAGCUGAGGUGUCAAAAUCGUUGAACCUCGUGGAUUUGAAGGAUAGGAGUUGGAGCAUCGUCGCUAGUAGUGCGGUCAAGGGCGAAGGUCUUACGGAAGGUCUAGACUGGCUGAUUGAUGUGAUCAAGGAGGAGCAGUUGUGA